GAUAAAGAAUAAGAAUGAGCUUCCUCUGCCUGGAGUGAGCACUUGGAGCUCGUUGUUGAGGUCAGCAUCAUGGGUCGGCUUGAUGGGAAGACCAUUCUGCUGUCUGCAGCAGCGCAGGGGAUUGGACGAGCAGCUGCCAUAGCUUUUGCCAAAGAAGGAGCCAAAGUCAUUGCUACAGACAUCAAUGAGUCUAAGCUGCAAGAACUGAAGACAUAUCCAGGCAUUCAAAUACGGGUGUUGGAUGUCACCAAAAAGGAGGAGAUAGAAAAUCUGGCCAAGGAGAUUGAAAGGAUUGAUGUCCUCUGUAACAUUGCAGGGUUUGUUCAUCACGGAACCAUUCUGGAGUGUGAAGAGCAAGACUGGAACUUCACUAUGAACCUCAAUGUUCGCAGCAUGUAUCUAAUGAUCAAGACAUUCCUUCCCAAGAUGCUUAAACAGAAAUCUGGAAAUAUUAUAAAUAUGUCUUCUGUGGCAUCCAGUAUUAAAGGAGUUGUGAACAGAUGUGUAUAUAGUACUUCAAAGGCAGCAGUUAUUGGUCUGACAAAGUCUGUGGCUGCUGAUUUCAUCGAACAAGGCAUCAGAUGCAACUGCAUAUGUCCUGGAACUGUUGACACACCAUCUUUACAGGAAAGAAUCCAAGCCCGGCCUAACCCAGAACAGGCAUUGAAGGACUUUCUAGCCAGACAGAAGACUGGUAGGAUGGCUACUGCUGAAGAAGUGGCCCAUCUCUUUGUGUACUUGGCCUCUGAUGAAUCUGCCUAUGUGACUGGUAAUGAACUGAUCAUCGAUGGAGGAUGGAGCUUGUGAUUGAUCCUACAUGCAAAUGGAAAUUCAUACUAUGAAAGGCAAAAUGUGAGGAUUGUGUUUAUCAGUUAAGAUAGCUCACAAAGAUUUAGGUCAUUCACCUGAUGUCUUUCCAAAAAAUUUAGUGCAUUUUUACCGCUAUGUAAUCUCUUUCUAGAUUGAUCUUACUGAUUCACUUUUCCCUAAAUAAAAACAUACUUCAUGUGGCUUCA